AGUCCUAAGCUGGGCAGACUGGGUGGGCCUUUAAAUUAGAAAGCCUUUGGGCCUCAUAAUCUCGGUUUUACAGGUUGGUCUCAAGGGGGUUGAUGUUUGGAGCUUUAAGGGGAGACGGACGCCAUUGACACCGUAUUUUUCCAGAAGACAUGGGAGAAAUGGCAGAGAACGACGAGUUUUACCUGAGAUACUACGUGGGUCAUAAAGGAAAAUUCGGUCACGAGUUCUUAGAGUUCGAGUUUAGGCCAGAUGGCAAGCUCCGUUAUGCUAACAAUUCAAACUACAAGAACGAUACCAUGAUUCGCAAAGAGGUCUUCCUUACCCCUGCUGUCCUCAAAGAAUGCCGUCGCAUUGUUGCCGAUAGCGAGAUCAUGAAGGAAGAUGAUAACAAUUGGCCUGAACCGGAUAGAGUGGGGAGGCAGGAACUUGAGAUUGUAAUGGGAAAUGAACACAUAUCAUUCACGACAUCUAAGAUUGGUUCGCUAAUGGAUGUGCAGACCAGUAAAGAUCCAGAGGGACUUCGUAUCUUCUAUUAUCUUGUUCAGGAUUUGAAGUGUUUUGUGUUCUCUCUCAUCUCACUCCAUUUCAAGAUCAAGCCUAUUUAACUCAUGCAUUAGACGUGCUUGGUUUCAUGUUUUAAAUGUGUUAGAGUUGUGUAUCGUGAAAUUGUAUGAUGCCGUUUGGUGAAGAAGUUUGUUUUUUUGUUUUGCAUUUGUUACAUUUAUGGAAUUAGUUGUUUUUUAGACCUUGUUUUGCGAGUAAAGAUAAGUUCUCUGGGUUCUCUCUCG